AAAGAGACGGAGCAACAAAAUCCUGAUUUCCUGAUAACCGGAAAUGAAGACGUCAAUCACUGGGGAACGAAACUUUCAAAAAUAUGUCAAAAAUUUCGAAAGUUGCCGUUUUUUGGUAAAAUGUGGGGGCAAAAGGGCCUUAAGUGCCUUUUUUGUUUUAACCUUGAAUUGUUCCAAAAACUGAUCCAAUCACCGACAUACGUUACUAAACCAGCUGUUAAAACGCAAAACUGUUUUCCGCCGAAACAGUAACAAAAUUGAAGUUCUCGCGCCCAUUUCUAACAAAAUAAUUCAAUCCGAACCUGCGUAAAAUAAUUUCACUUAUCGUCAAACUUCAAUUUAAUGUUUUUGGCGCGUUGUUAAUGAGUUUUUUCAGGAGAAUGUGAUGAUUUAGUAACUAAUUUGGUGUUUUUCGUUUUACCCCAAGGCCCCAAGUGAAACUAACCUCAAAUUCGCGACAAUGGAGGACUUGCAGACGGUUUUAGACACACUGACUGAUUACAACAAAACCCCAGCGUCGGAAACCCCGGAAUUUAGUAAAGAAAGUGAAAAUCUCUGUGGUGCAAAUCUUCUCAAUGGGAGCGACGAACUAGACCCUUUGGACCUCAUGGCCGAUGCGAGUCUUGGUAGUAACAGUGAUGUUUGGAAAGGCACUGACAGUGAAGAUGACAGUUUCGAAACCAAGAAAACGACAGAAAAUGGACAAACUAGUCAGAGCGAAAAUAUCGCGGAAAAAGACACCCUAGACGAUCCUACAGCCCCCUCGAAAGAGACUGAAGCCGAAACGGCACAAAACGUGAUUGAAAGUGAGGACCAAGGCAGUGCUGAGCCCCCACAAGACCCAGAGAACGAGAAACCUCCAGAAAAAGAAACCUCAGACGAGCCCCCCAAAGAGCAGGAUCCCCUCGCCGUUGAGGUUGAGGAUCCCCCCAAAACCCCGCUUGAAAGUGAUAAUCAGCAACCUGGUGAAGAGCAGGAGGAGCCCCCCAAAAACCCGCUGGAAGGUAGACCCCCAAACCGCGGUAACGACGACCACGAUGACGACUGCGAAAUGGAUUAUGAUGCUGCUGAUGAUGAUGAUUUUGACCCAUCAUUGCUAUGUCCUGAGGUGUCAAUGGACGUUGAUGAUAAUCCUGUCAUCACUACCAAUGGGUCAAUGCCGGGCUGUGAGAGUCCAUUACCAUAUGAACCACUUUUUUCCACAUUUGUUGAUGAUGUGACAGGAGCUGAAAUUUCGUUUAAUUUAACACCAGAGGAGCUCGAAUUGAAGAAAAGACUGUAUGGGCCCACCAACCCAAUUCAAUACACUAGAAUUCACUGCACGGCUUGUAAUGUCCAUUUAGGGAGCGCUUUAGAAGGCCAAAGUAACCGAUUCGUGCACCCCCUUUUGAAAGUCUUAAUAUGCAAAGAAUGCUACCAUUUUUACACUAGUGGUGAGUUUGAAAAGGACGAAGAUGGAAGCGAAUUGUACUGUCGAUGGUGUGGGCAAGGGGGCCAAGUUUUGUGUUGCUCAAAAUGCGAAUUUGUCUUCUGUAAAAGAUGUAUUCGGACGAAUUUUGGGCGCAAAAAAAUGUUUGAAAUUCGCGACAGUGACAGUUGGGAGUGUUUCAGAUGCAAUUCAUCGCAACUCAUAACACAGCGAAUUGCCUGUUAUGAAUUUUUCGAAUACAUUCGACGUGAAAUGUCAUGGAUGAAUGGGAAUAAUCCCGAAGUGUGGAGUCGGGAUUAUUCCCGUUGUUGUGGCGGUGAAAAGAAACGACCGGCAACUAGUGGGGAAGAAAAGAAAGCCAAAAGGAAGAAAUGGGAAUCGGAUCCCGAUUAUAAUCCCAAUAAACCGAAUGAUUCUAAAAUAAUCCCUCCCGAUCCUCUUGCAAUUCCAGGGAGUAAAAUUGUUCCUAAGCCUCCUAUUCAAAUUGUGCCUAGAUAUACAUUAAUUGGUAAUAAAACCAAAGACAACGAUAUUGAAUUUGUGCGUCAAAUUCCAGCGCCUUUUGUUACAAUCAAUCCGACGAAUAGGCCCCAAUUUCGCACAAUACUUCCUUCUGUGAGGCCAGUUCCACAGGCCCCCACAUCGACUCGGAUUCUCUCCACAGCGCUCCAAAACCGGAAUCUCAUGAAACACGAGUGGUUUGAGAAGACUGUGAGGGCAGCAGCUCGAGUCAACUCCCAUUUAUCUUACACUUUAACUCAAUUAAAUAAAGCCCAAUCGCAAGCAGGCAGUGUGGAGGAACUCGCAGUUGUUCAUAAUAAAUUACAAGAGAUUCUGAGUAGUUCAAUAAAUUCGUUGAUUCAAAUCCGGAAGAAUUUGCGAACGGAAUUUAUCACCGGAAUUAAAACUGUUCGUUUGCCGUCGAAGAAACCGGAGUUUCAGAACGACGAUGAUGUUAUCAUUGUUAGUGCGUCUCCAGUGAUGCCAAAACCGGCGAUUCCGGAAACUAAAACUGCCAUUGAUCCGGUGAUAAUCAUUGAAAAAGCCACAAAUACUGUAGGGGGGCCCCCGAAGGGGUUUUUGAAAGUCAAGUCGGUGUCAGAGUUGCAAAAUGUCCCCCCGGAGUGUAUAACAAUCCCGGAUGAUCCUCCCGAUGAACCCGAGUUAAGGACUUUUUUAACAGAAGAUUCUUCACUUGAAAUGAAGAAAAUGAAGGCGGUUAGGGUUAUUUUAGUGAGGGAGGAUUUAGAGAAACUACAAAGACAGUUAGCUAAGGAGAGUUAAUGUUAAAUUGUGAUGAGACUUUUCUACUUUGUAAAUAUUGUUCUAGUUCACUUAAUGUAUUGGAUAUUUGUGUCAUAAGCUACAUCAAAGCGGUGCUUUUACGUAGUUUAAAAUGAUUAUUUAAUUUUUUUCGAAUUCAAAAUUGUUAAUUUUGUACUAUUAAAGGGCAGUAUUUUUUUGUUCAACAUCCCUACUUUGUGAUUACUGAUAUUUAAUUAAUGUAUUGUAAAUAAAUCUUGCAUUAUUAAUUGCA